UUAUAGUCCGCCUCAAUGGGAGCUAGCGACCACUGCACCAUCAUGCUCGGUUCUGGAGAGCUCAGGCUGCAGGCCUCCCCUUUCAGGAACCCAUCCCUGCCUUGCCUCUACUUGUCCUUCCCUUGCCUCUGCCUGUCCUUCCUCCUUCGUAGGCCCCUUCACUUAGGCACCACCGCCACCACCUCCCCACCACCAUGUCAGUGACAGAGCAGUCUGCCCUGCUCAUAGAUACUGUCCGUGACCAGUACGUUUUUCUCCCAUGUACGUGAGCUUGGCCUCUCCAGGCUGCAGUGAGCCCUUUCCCUCUCCAAAGCUCUCUCCAGGAGUGUCUGGCACAGAGAGAGCCGUGGGGCUACUGGACCCUGGCACUGGGAGCAGACUCGUCACUCCCAGGAAGCAGGUGGGAAGCAGGGCAGCGUGGGCUGUGCUUCCGGUGCUGAUGACCUCACCCUCUCUCCCUGCAGGUCAUCUUUCUGUCCAAGGGCAAGGAUGCCAUGCAGUCCUUUAUGAUGCCAUUUUAUCUCAUGAAAGACUGUGAGAUCAAGCAGCCUGUAUUUGGUGCAAACUACAUCAAGGGAACAGUGAAGGCGGAAGCGGGAGGUGGCUGGGAAGGCUCUGCUUCCUACAAGUUGACUUUCACGGCAGGGGGCGCCAUUGAGUUUGGACAGCGGAUGCUCCAAGUGGCAUCUCAAGCCUCCAGAGGUGAAGCCCCCAAUGGAGCCUAUGGCUACUCUUACAUGCCCAGCGGGGCCUAUGUCUAUCCCCCGCCAGUCGCCAAUGGAAUGUACCCCUGCCCUCCUGGCUACCCCUAUCCACCGCCCCCGCCUGAGUUCUAUCCAGGACCCCCAAUGAUGGAUGGGGCCAUGGGAUACGUGCAGCCCCCACCACCGCCCUAUCCUGGGCCCAUGGAACCUCCGGUCAGCGGCCCCGAUGUCCCCUCCACUCCUGCAGCCGAAGCCAAGGCCGCAGAAGCAGCCGCCAGCGCCUACUACAACCCAGGCAAUCCUCACAACGUCUACAUGCCCACGAGCCAGCCGCCACCACCUCCCUACUACCCACCGGAAGAUAAGAAGACCCAGUAGGCCCUCCUGCCUCCCUGCCUCCCACCCUUAUCUCUGUACCCUACCCCUUCCAUCGGGGCUGCCCUGGGGCUGGGGGAGGGGAGGGGACGCCUCGUUCUCCCUCCAGGUCUGAUCAUAAACAAUUACCAGAAACUAGCAUUGUGGGACAUUAGGGCCCCCGGCCUCAGGAGAGGUGCCGCCCAGCUUCCCAUGCCAGCCCAGAGCCCACACCGCUGCCCAGUGUGCCUCACGCACCGUCUGGGGCUCUCCUGGAAGCACGGGGCAUCCCCUGUUCCUGUUUCACUCUCAGCUUCUCCCCUCAAAGGGACUCUCUGGCCACCUCCUCCACUGCAGUCCAGCUCCCUCAGUCUGGCAGCCGCUGCUACACUCAGCCUCAUGAGCCACUUCAGACCAGCCAGGUGUCUUCCCCGGCCCUGCCAGGCCCUGCUCACAUUCCUUCCGCUGGUCUAUGCUGGUCUCAGAAGGCCACCGUGCCCGCAUUCCACUCAGCCAGGGUGCAGCUGCAGCCCCGCCACCCGUCCUUCCCUUCCUUGUCCUGGGUCAUGCUGUUGCCACCCCGUGUGACUUUUGAAGCUGUAAAAUGAGCUUCCAGGGCUUGGGUGGCGUCAGGGCAGGGCCACCGAGGCUGGGAGGAAGCGCUUCUGCCUUUUGCUGGUGUUUCUGGAAUUUGCUUUCCCUCACCUCUCACCUCCCUCUAGAAGGAGCUUCCCGACUGGAACCAGAGGAUGCAUGUCUGUCCACUUGGGCUGCUGGGUGGAGCUGGAAACAAGGGCCCCUGACCCUUCGUGCCGGCCGGGACCUGCCACUAGCCCCCCAGCCUGCUUCUUCCCCUUAAGCUUCGUGCCCCUGGAUGCGCUAACAUUCGCUCUUGUUUGUUCCUGGACUGGCCAUGAAGUGAGGAGAUGGUUAUCUAAAGAGAAUUCCCUAUUUAUUUGACAAAAAAUCCAGUUAAUAUAUUAAUGUGAAAUAAACCCUGUUUGCACCUUGAUUUGUUUGCUGAAAAUGUGAAAUAGUAAAAAUGAAAUAACUGGA